GUUUUUUAAUCGAAUGCCAGUAUGUAUUGUAUGUCAAAAAAACUAUCAAUAAUUUUGUUUUAUCCAAAUAUUAACUGUAAAUGGAAUCCGAAUCAAAUCAAUCGUCAAAAUUGCGUCUUUUCCUGGUUGUAAUUUUUGCAAAUCUUUCAAGUUUUACUCUUGGAACGUGUAUAGCAUGGCCUUCACCAAUAAUGCCAAAAUUAAGAGACAAAACUGAUGAUAGUCCAAUUGAUUUUGCCAUAGAUAAGGCUCAAGAAGGGUGGAUAUAUUCAUUAAUUUCAGUUGGAGCUGGCGUAUCUGCUCUGAUUGCUGGACCUCUUGCAGAUCUAAUUGGUCGAAGGUUUACAAUGAUGAUAGGGUCAUGUAUGUUUACUCUUGCUUAUGCGACAAUGAUGAUAGCAGAUACAAUUGAAAUCAUUUAUGUGGGACGGAUUUUAGAGGGUUUGGGAGCUGGCUGCACAAUGACAGUUGUCCCAAUGUACGUCGGAGAGAUUUCUACCAAGGAAAGCCGAGGCUCUACUUUAAGUCUUAUGAUGUUAUACAUGACACUUGGAAUGCUUUUUGUCUAUUGCAUUGGUCCGUUUACUACAUACCAUGUCAUGCAAGUUUGCUGCAUAUCUAUUCCUUCACUGACGUUUUGGGGCUAUUUCCUCCUACCAGAAAGUCCAUACUAUUUAGUAAGAAAAGAUAUGGUCGAUAAAGCACUUCAUUCUUUGCAAAUAAUUCGAGGUCAAAGUGAAGAAAUUGUCAAAAAAGAACUCCCUGCUAUUCAAGAAUCAAUAGACCAAAUCAGGGGUAUGAAAAAAGGUCGAUGUCGUGAUGUCUUAAGUAAUAAAGGAAAUCGAAGAGCUCUGAUAAUUGUCUUAGGCAUGAUGGUGUUUCAACAAUUUUCCGGAGUAGUUAUAAUUAUCAUAAAUGCACAUACCAUUUUUAUGAAAGCCCAUGUUUGUUUUGGGGCAGCUGUUUCUGCAAUUAUUGUUGGUAUUGUUCAAGUUUGUUCGAGUGUCACUCUUCAAUGCAUUGUUGAUUUAUGGAAACGCAGGACAUUAUUGAGGUUAUCAUCCAUCGGAAUGGGAUUAUCUCAAUUCACUUUGGGAACAUUUUUCUAUAUAGAUAUGUGUUGUGAUGCAUCACAUAUUAGAUGGAUACCUUUGUUGGCAUUUAUUGUGUUUCAACUUUCAUACCGUAUUGGAUUUGGUCCUUUGCCAUUUACUUUUUUAGGAGAAUUAUUUCCACAAAAUAUCAAAUCUAUUGCAGCCACUUCAGUAACAAUUACAUGUUGGGGAUUGGGAUUUUUUAUGGGUCGAUUUUAUCCCUUGUUUGAUGCAUUUUUUGGCACUCAUAUUGUGUUCUGGACAUUUUCAAUGUUCUGUUUCUUGGCUUUUCCAUUUGCACAGUUUGUUGUUAUAGAAACGCAUGGUUUAAGUUUAAAUGAAAUUCAAGAACGGUUACAAAAAUUAAAUCAAUAGAAAACUAAAUUUAUGAAAAAAAUUGUAAACAAAAUUGAGAAUAAAA